UGACAGGUAGAGAUACUGGGGUAUUAUCACCAACUGUCCCCCAACACGAACGACAGACCAAGGGACAGUUAUCAGCCGUUGGACGGUCGGAGAAGUUGACAGUUUAUAAUAACUUAAUGCGAUACAAAGGAGGGUUUUCAAAUUGGCACACAGGGAUAUUUUCCAGGCUUUGGUGGAGGAGUGAAACGCUUGUCUUUGUUGGGUAAUAUAUCCAGCCAAGGGAGAUAACAUGUCGAUGCACUUGUAUCAAAUUAGCAGUAAACUGCUCGGGGACACUGUUGGGAAAAUGAACGACAACCUGACCUCCAUAGUGCUGGCAGCCUCUGUCAUCACUCUCACCCUGGGAUAUAUUUCCAAAAUGCUGCUCAGACAGUCCUCCGACAAGGAUCUGAAAUAUCCACCUUACAUACCCUCCUGCAUCCCCUUCCUGGGUCAUGCCAUUGCAUUUGGGAAAAGUCCCAUUGAAUUCCUUGAAGAUGCCUAUGAAAAAUACGGCCCUGUGUUCAGUUUCACCAUGGUGGGGAAAACCUUCACCUACCUGCUGGGCAGCGAAGCAGCAACACUGAUGUUCAACAGCAAGAAUGACGACCUGAACGCAGAGGACGUCUACUCCAGACUCACCACCCCAGUGUUUGGCAAAGGAGUAGCGUAUGAUGUGCCAAACCCCAUCUUUCUGGAACAAAAGAAGAUGUUGAAGACCGGACUGAACAUUGCUCAUUUCAAAGAACAUGUGAAAAUCAUUGAGGCAGAGACCAUUGAGUAUUUUGAGAGAUGGGGAGACAGCGGAGAGAAAAACCUCUUUGAGGCCUUGUCUGAGCUGAUCAUCCUGACAGCCAGCAGCUGCCUCCAUGGGAAGGAGAUCCGCAGCAUGCUGAAUGAGCGAGUGGCCCAGCUCUACGCCGACCUGGACGGGGGGUUCAGCCACGCUGCCUGGCUCCUGCCCGGCUGGCUGCCUCUGCCCAGCUUCAGGAAGAGGGACAAAGCUCACAGAGAGAUCAAGAACAUCUUCUUCAACGUGAUUCAGAAACGCAGGAGUUCUGGAGAGAAAGUGGACGACAUCCUGCAGACCCUCAUCGAUGCCACCUACAAAGAUGGACGUCCCCUGAACGAUAACGAGAUCGCGGGGAUGCUGAUUGGUCUUCUCCUUGCGGGUCAGCACACGUCCUCCACCACCAGCGCCUGGAUGGGUUUCUUCCUGGCCAGAGACAAGGCUCUGCAGGAGCGCUGCUACGCUGAGCAGAGAGCUGUGUGUGGAGAAGACCUGCCUCCACUCGACUUCGAUCAGCUGAAGGAUCUCAGUUUGUUGGAGCGCUGUUUAAAGGAGACCCUGCGUCUCCGCCCGCCCAUCAUGACCAUGAUGAGGAUGGCUCGCUCUCCUCAGACUGCAGCAGGCUACACUAUCCCUGUGGGCCACCAGGUCUGCGUCUCCCCAACCGUCAACCACCGCCUGCACGACACCUGGGCGGAGAGGAUGGAGUUUCACCCCGACCGCUACCUUAACGACAACCCUGCUGCAGGGGAGAAGUUUGCCUACGUGCCGUUUGGAGCUGGACGUCAUCGCUGCAUCGGGGAGAACUUCGCCUAUGUCCAGAUCAAAACCAUCUGGUCCACUUUACUGCGCAUGUAUGACUUUGACCUGGUGGACGGAUAUUUCCCCACAAUCAACUACACCACAAUGAUCCACACCCCUCACAACCCCAUCAUCAGAUACAAGAGGAGAAAACAGUGAGAGACUGAAGGAAGCCAGUGAAGGGCGAGGAGCACAGACAGGAGGAAACAGUCCAACGUCCUGAGUGGAUCUUUAACUUCCUGGGACUUGAAUUGAGGAAAUUUUAGGUGAAUGAACUUUGCUCUAUCUAAAUAUCAAGCCUGUGUUUUUAUGCUUCCUUUCUUUAGUUCUUGAGUCCAGCCCUUUUUCUGAAUGUCAGCAAAAUAUGUAAUUUUUAGAUACUCGUGUUUCCAGAGCAAAAUACAGUUGUGUGACUCUGACUUGAACAUUGAUGCUCAUAUUCACAAUGUGAAUCCUUAUAAAAAUAGAAAUGGAGAAAUAAUAGAGUGGCCUUGACGAAGGGGAGAAUGAAUCAAGCCUGUGGGUUCAUCCCAUGAGGCAGGUUUUAUUCAGUGAAUAACUACACUGUGUGAGAGUGAAACCAGGAUGAAAGUUUUACUCUUCUGUGUCCCAGAAUUAUGUUGAAAGAGAUUUUAUAGGGUUUUUUCAAGUGGUUAGCCAUUAGACUUUUAAUAAUCCUGUGGAUUCACUCCUGACCUUGGAAACAGCAGUUGACAGUUGAGCAGGUAGUAGCUGUUGUAGACUUUUUAAAUUGCAUCACAUGAUCAUCAUCAGCAGAUGGGAGUUUGUCCUGAGGAAGAUCAUGUGAUAUAUAUAUUGAAAGCUCCAAAACGGCUUCUAAUAAAACUUGUGGUGACAUUGGUUCGCUAACUUUAUUAAACCUGCUUCCUGAGACACCACCAUCAAACUUUUCCUGUUGGGGAAAUUUGCAAAAAAACAAAACAAAAAAAACAUCAACACUCAAACUGAAUGGCUAUGCUGUUCCUGUGUGCACAGCAUUAUGUUUGCUGAUGCUCUGAUCCAGACAUCCCAUAUUUGUUGUUUUUCCUACUGUAGCUGUACUUUAAAAAGCCCCAUGUACUGUCACAGCUGUUUGCAGUUACCUUGGCUAAUUAGACCUACACUAAGUUUUAAAGCUGGAGAAGCUAUGUUGCCCAUUAUGUGAGCUCAACAGACUCUGUACUAAUGAUAAAGAUGUGAGUUGGUGUAACAACUGUACAAAGAGUAAAGUGAGACAGAUAUCGAUCAAACUGUCUCUGGGAUGAGGUGUAAUCAGACCAAACAAGUGAAGACACCAGUGUGGAUUUACCAUAUAUAGUGGGUGUGCUUCACCUGUUCUUCCAGCUGGACCUCGUUGAGUUAACGAUCGUCUACUUGACCAAUUCAGUGCUGUUCAGUGGAGCUGAUUCAAAUUGACACAGUAAUAGACACUUCUUAAACUAUUCCAAAUUACAAGUUUGUGCUUCUCAACAGUAUAUUUUAGUUUAUUGUUUUGUUUUGUUUUUUUUUAAAUGCACAUGAAUAUCCAUAUAUGAUGCCUUCUUUAAAAAGUAACUUUCACAACUUUUUGCCUUUAUUUGACUUAGAACCUUUGUCAGAUUAUAUCUCAGUAAAAUCAUGAAAAAAAACUCAUUGCACAGCAUAAAUUCAAUAUUUUUGGCUGCAUGAAAGAAUAUCGUUACAGGGAAAUGGCUGCAAGGAAACCUUCAACAGAGGAUAACUGAACUGCAACUAUACAUGAAAUAAACUGGAAAGAAAAAUUGACCUUUAUCUUAAGCAUAUGGUAUGAACAAUGUAAAACACUAGGAAAUGGACUAUAUAUUGUGAAUAUGUUUUGAUAGAAAAAAAUGUUCCACUCUUAAAGUUUCUUUGCAGAAAAAUGUAAAACUGUGAUUCACUGUAAGAUCCAAUAAAAUAUUUUCUUGCCAGGUGGUAAACAAGAGAAAUACAA